GUUGAAGGUCCUUCGGAGAGCAAGUUAAGAGCCUUUGGAGAUCUGAUUGAAGGUCUUUUGGAGAUCUGGUUGAAGGUCCUUCGGAGAGCAAGUUAAGAGCCUUUGGAGAUCUGAUUGAAGGUCCUUGGAGAUCUAGUUUAAGACCCUUUGGAGAAACUGGGCUGAAGGUUCUUUGGAGAUCUGAUUAAAGGUCCUUUGGAGAAACUGGGUUGGAGGUCCUUUGGAGAUCUGGUUUAAGAUUCUUUGGAGAAACUGGUUAAAGAUCCUUCAGAGAUCUGGUUGAAGGUCCCUUGAAGAAACUAGCUUAAGUCCCUUUGGAGAAACUGGUUUAAGGCCCUUCCUAAAAAAACCAGUGUUAAUGCAAGGUUGGAUAGACAUCUACCAGGAAGAGGUCCAAGUGCUACAUCCUUUUCCUCCACCUUCUCACUCAGGGUUCCUCCAAUUUUGAUCCUUCCAAGGCUCCGUCAUGGGCUUCACAGAGAUCUUAGAACACGUUGGCAGCAUGGGACGCUUCCAAAUCGUCUACGUGUCUCUCAUCUCCAUCCCGGUGCUUAUGAUGGCUUGUCAUAUGAUGCUGCAGAACUUUACAGCGGGGACACCGGAUCACUACUGCGCAACUGUCCGCGACGCUGCUCCCAGGAACCAGAGUUCCGAAGACGAGGCUCUCCUUGGGGUCUCCCUUCCCAUGGGCGAAAACCCAAAGCCGGCGGAAUGCCACCGUUUCCGCCAGAAGCCAUGGUGGCGUUCGAACGGCACCGCCGGGAACGAUACCCAGAUGGAGACCGAACCGUGUAGAGACGGAUGGGUGUACAACCGAAGCAUCUUCCACGAGACUAUUGUGACAGAGGUGAGAGCAGAGGUUGCCUGCAUCCAGAAGUGA